UUGUAUUGUUAGUAGCUGUGAAGACGGCAAACGGCCAGGAUGUUAGUAGGACUGAUCUCAAUUGCUCUAGGAGCUUCGCUCGUUGCUGGUUUGAAAUUGAACGAUCCGUGUGUGACGCCUUUGAAAGUUUCCGGACGGUGUGUUCCAACGCGAGAGUGUGAUUACGCAACUAGAAUUUUGGAAAAUCCUAUUGUAACCAAGGCACAACACCGCUUGUUACGCGACAGCGUCUGUGGACAGAUUCCGGGAAAACCGCGAAAAAUUCCCUUGAUUUGCUGCCCGAAUCAAUUGAAUCCGGUGACAUGUGGAUCAAUUUCAACCGCUAGUCGAAUUGUUGGUGGAGAACCCACGGAACUGGAAGAUCAUCCGUGGAACGCAGUUAUCCUCUAUGAGCGCCGCGGAAAAGCAAUUCCAAACUGUGGCGCAAGUUUGAUAAGUCAACGUUACGUUCUGACGGCGGCUCACUGCGUAGUGGGACUUUCGUCUAAGCAGAAAUUGUAUCAAAUUCGCCUCAGCGAAUGGGACACAUCAAGCCAAUCCAACUGCACCGAGGUGGAGGAAGAGGAAAUCUGUCGUCAAAAUUUCGAAAUCGAACAAGUCAUCCCGCAUCCGGGAUAUUCGACACGUAACAAUAAGGUAGUCAACGACAUUGCUUUAAUUCGACUGAGCACGGACGUGGAAUUUACCAAAUUUGCAAAACCAAUCUGCUUGCCCUUGGAUCAGGAGAUCGGCGAGAGGCCGAUUGAAGGCGAACACUUAACCGUUAUCGGUCGAGGAUUAACAGAAAAUCAAAACUCAAGCAAUUUUUUGAGAAGCGUCGAGCUCAUGGGGCAAUCACACGAGCAAUGUAACAAAAAUCUGGCCAGAAUAAAUGUGGCCCUCGAGGAGACGCAGCUUUGUGUCGGUGGAGAGGAGGGGAAAGAUUCCUGCAAGGGCGACUCCGGAGGUCCCCUGAUGCGAUUUGUCAACGGCAUCUGGUUCCAGGUGGGAGUCGUUAGCUAUGGCUUCAAGUUCUGCGGUACCGAGGGCGUGCCGGGUAUUUAUACAAAUGUGGUGAAAUAUCUUGACUGGAUCAAGGAGGUUGUGGGCGAUAAAUAGGUGAAUUUAAUGUGAAUUAUUAAAA